AUGCCGUUCUCCGCUAUGUGGGGUCUCCUCCUGCUGGCAGGCCUGUACAGCCAGUUGGCUGGCUCCAAAGACAAAUAUCCUGAGGAGGAAGGUGCAUCCAAGCCUGAUCCUCAGGACCCAGAGAUUCCAACCUGCCAACAGAUUUACCGCAGCAUUGCUGAUGUUUUUUUAAACUUGUACCGAAACCCAAAAUUCUGGCCAACAGACACCAACAUCUUGCUCUCACCAGUGAGCAUCACUGCUGCUGUUGCCACGCUCUCCCUGGGGACCAGCGCUGACACUCAGACUCAGGUCAUGAAGGCCCUGGGGCUCAACCCCCAGAAGGUGGCCAAGGCUCAGCUGUACCAGUGCUUACAGCAGCUGCCCUACAUCUACCACCAACCAGACAUCCAGCUGCAGCUCACCGCUGGCAGCCACCUGCUCACUGACCACACCCUGACGCCGAUAAGGCCGUUUGCUGGGAGCACCAAGCUGUCCCACUCAGAACCCAUCGCCAUGAACUUCAAGGACCCUGAAUGGGCUCAGCAACAGAUCAGCAACUAUGUGGAGAAGGAGACCCAAAGGGAAAUCAUGGGUUUGGCCAAGGCUCUUACGACUGAGAAAGAUUCGCUCAUCCUCAAUCACAUGACCUUUCGCGGAAAACUGCACGAUAAGUUUGACACCGUGAGCAUCGCCGAGGAGAACUUCUACGUGAAUGAGAACAUCACCGUCAAGGUGCCCACCCUGUACAGCUGGAGCACGUUCCACAUGCAGCGAGACGAGCUGCUGUCCAGCUGGGUGCUGGUGCAGUUCUACGUGGGGAACAUCACGGCCUUCUUCCUCCUGCCCGACCACGGCAAGAUGCAGAGGCUGAUGGAGCAGAUAACUCCGGAGCACCUCGACGACAUCAGGAGCUUCACUGACAUCAAGUAUUACCACAUACAUUUCCCCAAACUGAACAGUAUCACAGUCAGUGAUCUGAAGUCGUACGAGGAAAGCCUGGGCCUCCCCAACCUCUUCAAUAAGACUGUCCUCUCCAGUGCCAAAGAGCAGAGAACCAUCAAGAACCAAAAGGUGGUACAGCAGGCCGUGCUGACCGUAGAUGAGAACGGGACAGAAUUCGCUGCGAGCACUGAUACGCUGGUACAUUACUCCUACAGGGACCGCACGGUCAGGUUCAACCGGCCCUUUGUGAUCGUCCUUGGCACCUCCAAGGACGAUGAUAUCUUCUUCCCCCUCUUCAUGGGAAAAGUGGCGAAUCCCAUAAAAUACUGA